UCUUUUACGCUUUGUCGCUCCGCCGUUGCCGCCGUGCCGCCGUGCCGCCGCCGUCGCUUGUCGUUUCGGUCCAUUCUGUCCGUCCGUGACGACAAACAAAUCACCCACCAUCUCCUCCAUCCAACGCUCCCAAACGCUCCAACGCCCUCAACAACGCUCGUUGCCUGGCGCAAACUUUCUUUCCUGCUCCUCCUCCCUGUGCCUCCUGUCUCUCGCUCUCGAUAAGAUCACCCCGCCCAUUUGGCGUCGGCAGCUCCCCCCAUCUCUCUCCACUUGCAUCUUGGGAACCACCUCACCACCACCACCACCUCCUCUCCCGGUCGCACACUCGCAGGCAACCCCGCCGCCGCAACAGCUUCACAGGCAACAGAAGACAUCACUAAACCAAAUCGCACCGCAUCACGUCGCGCCGCGCCCCCGACGCAGCCAUGCCCAAGACGCAGCCCAACCUCUACGCCUUCCCCGGCGUCGACGCCCUUGCCCCAGCCCUCCGCUCCUACGUCCUUCAGAGCCAGGCCGCGGGCUUCAACCGCCAUAGCUCCUUCAAAGUGGCGGUGUCGGGCGGCUCCCUGCCUAAGACGCUCGCCGCUGCGCUGCUCACUCCCUCGUCGGGCCCGGACGACGCCCUCGACUUCUCCCGCUGGGAAAUCUUCUUCGCCGACGAGCGCGCCGUGCCGCUCGACCACAGCGACUCCAACUACGCCGUCCUCAAGUCCGAGCUGCUCGACAAGAUCCCCGCCGAGCUGGGCAAGCCCACCGUCCGCACCAUCGACCCGGAGCACCUCGACGACAUCCAGGAGCUCGCCGACCAGUACGAGCAGACCCUCGUCAACAGCUUCGCCAGCCGCGACUCGGUCCGCCUGCCCAUCUUCGACCUCAUCCUGCUCGGCUGCGGGCCCGACGGCCACACCUGCUCCCUCUUCCCCGGCCACCCGCUGCUGCGCGAGACUGACGCCUGGGUCGCCCCCAUCGAGGACUCGCCCAAGCCGCCCCCCAAGCGCAUCACCCUGACUCUCCCCGUCGUCACCCACGCCGUCCGCGUCGCCUUUGUCGCCACCGGAGGCGGCAAGAAGGAUAUCAUGAAGGAAAUCUUUGACGCCGACACGGGCCUGCCCUGCACCCUCGUCAACGAGGCCACCGGCGACCGCUGCAGCUGGUUCGUCGACGAGCCCGCCGUCAACGGCGUCAGCUUCCCCCGGAGAGCCUUCCUCUAAACGCGACCCACGCCCUGCCUGCACGUCGACGGAACGCCAGCUUCCCUCCGUCCCUCUCGGCCUCCCACGAACCAGUCCGUCCAUGGGGCGGAGUCGACGCGCGGCGGCGCUCGUUCGAGUUGCACGGCAGCUGCCUCUUCUACCACCCCGCCGAUCAUAGAGAGAAAGGAGUAUCCCCGCGGACCCUCGAGGCGAGCACCCCUUGUCGGCCGAUUCAAUUUAAAUGUCCCGCUUCACCCAUGCACCCACCAAUCAUCCCAGAACCCAUCCCCCCAUAUCAUUUAUCAUUUGAUCUUUCCGCGUCGUGGAGAACCGUGGGCAGGUGUUUUGAUAUCCCGAUGGCGAUUAUGUUUUCGGACACGACCGGGCCGACGCGCAGACGAAGCGAGAGAGAGAGAGAGAGAGAGAGAGAGAGAGACUGUGUGUGUUGAACGGGGAACCAAAGAGAGAAGGGGGAAGAGACAGAGAAGAGACUGCGUCGAGGCGGGUGCCCUUCCACCACCCCGUUGCUUGCUUUGCUCGGCCCGAUUCGACCGAUCACCUGGGCAUAUUCUUCGCAUUUAUAGCUAGCUAGACUUUUGCCUUGGUCUAUGACGAAAUGUUUUGAGCCCAAGUCUAUGCUGUAACGUUGUACUCGGCAGUGCCGUUGAAAUUGAACUGACUGGCC